CGCUCCGCGGAGGCCCAGCUGCCGCCGCCGCCGUCACCGCCACCGCCACCGCCGGCGCUGUAACCGCGGCUGCCGCCGCUGCUCCGGCCGGGGGUCGGUGCCGUGUGCCGAGGCGCCCUGUCAGGCGAGAGGGAGCGGCCGGGAGGGGAGAGCCGGAGGCGGCGGCGGCGCCUCGGGGAGGCAGCCGGGGCUCUGAAGAAGCGAGGGCAGGCCGGUCCAGCGGCAGAGGAGCGAGGCGGAGCGAGGCUGGCGGCGCGGGGACCCACCCCGGGCGCCUGGCGUGCGAUGCCGGGCGGGCAGCGGCGCUGAGCGGCGGGGAGGCCGAGCGGCGGCCGCGGACCGAGAACCGUCGACCCCCGGGAAGAGGAGGAGGAGGAGGAGGAGGAGGAACAGGAGCGGGAAGGACGCGCCGAGGGGACUGCGGGGUCGGGGCGGGCGAGGAGUGGCGGGGCCGCGGGCCAUGGACUCGGCGGGGGCGAGCCGGGGUGGCGGCGCGGCGCAGAGCCCGCCCGCGGCCAGGUGAGGCUGGGCAGAGCGGGCUCCGGGCGCCUCCGCCACUGCCGCCGCCGCCGCCGCCGGGCCGCGGAGCGAGGAGGCGGCCGCGGCGCCACAGCAGCCGCCCGGGAGGAAGAGGGGUCGCCGCGCGGUGUUCCCGCGGCCGCCGCGCUCUCGUCGUCGCAGUAUUUCCUGUUCGGAUUAUCUUUUGCUUCCCCCCCCAACCCCCCAGCUGCCGCCUCUCCUUCCCCUCACACUCGCACUCUUCUGGGUCCGCGGUCGAAGCUGCCCUCGGCUCCGGCCCGUCCACCCCGCCGGGGACCCCCGGCGCCUGUCCUCCCGCCGAGACCAUGAGGAAAUUCAACAUCAGGAAGGUGCUGGACGGGCUGACCGCCGGCUCGUCGUCGUCCUCGCAGCAGCAGCAGCAGCAGCAGCACCCGCCUGGGAACCGGGAGCCCGAGAUCCAGGAAACGCUCCAGUCCGAGCACUUCCAGCUCUGCAAGACUGUGCGCCAUGGAUUCCCCUAUCAACCCUCAGCCCUGGCCUUUGAUCCUGUACAGAAGAUCCUGGCAGUGGGAACUCAGACUGGUGCUUUAAGGCUUUUUGGUCGUCCAGGAGUAGAAUGCUAUUGCCAGCAUGACAGUGGGGCUGCAGUAAUCCAACUCCAGUUCCUGAUUAAUGAGGGAGCUCUUGUGAGUGCCUUGGCUGAUGACACCUUACAUUUGUGGAAUUUGCGUCAAAAGAGGCCUGCUAUACUACAUUCCCUUAAAUUUUGCAGAGAAAGGGUUACAUUUUGCCAUCUGCCUUUCCAGAGUAAGUGGCUCUAUGUGGGCACUGAAAGAGGUAAUAUACACAUUGUCAAUGUGGAGUCCUUCACACUCUCAGGCUACGUCAUUAUGUGGAAUAAAGCCAUUGAACUGUCCUCUAAAUCUCACCCAGGACCUGUUGUCCAUAUAAGUGAUAAUCCAAUGGAUGAAGGAAAGCUUUUAAUUGGCUUUGAAUCUGGAACAGUAGUCUUAUGGGACCUCAAAUCCAAGAAAGCUGACUACAGAUACACAUAUGAUGAGGCUAUACACUCUGUUGCUUGGCAUCAUGAAGGAAAACAGUUUAUUUGCAGUCAUUCAGAUGGUACCUUGACUAUAUGGAAUGUGAGGUCCCCUACUAAGCCUGUACAGACAAUCACUCCACAUGGAAAACAGUUAAAGGAUGGGAAGAAGCCAGAACCAUGCAAACCUAUCCUCAAGGUGGAAUUCAAAACGACUAGAUCUGGGGAACCUUUUAUUAUUUUAUCAGGAGGUUUGUCAUAUGAUACUGUAGGAAGAAGACCUUGCUUAACAGUGAUGCAUGGGAAAAGUACUGCUGUGCUAGAAAUGGACUAUUCAAUUGUUGAUUUUCUAACACUGUGUGAAACACCAUACCCAAAUGAUUUUCAGGAACCGUAUGCUGUGGUGGUUCUUCUAGAAAAGGAUUUAGUACUUAUAGACCUUGCACAAAAUGGCUAUCCUAUAUUCGAAAAUCCCUACCCUUUGAAUAUACAUGAAUCUCCUGUUACAUGUUGUGAAUAUUUUGCUGAUUGUCCUGUGGACCUUAUUCCUGCACUUUAUUCUGUUGGAGUUAGACAGAAACGUCAAGGUUACAGCAAAAAGGAAUGGCCCAUCAAUGGGGGUAAUUGGGGCUUGGGUGCUCAAAGUUACCCAGAAAUAAUUAUUACAGGACAUGCUGAUGGGUCUGUUAAGUUCUGGGAUGCUUCUGCAAUAACUCUACAAGUAUUAUAUAAGCUAAAGACAUCCAAAGUAUUUGAAAAGUCAAGAAAUAAAGAUGACAGGCCAAACACAGAUAUUGUAGAUGAAGAUCCAUAUGCCAUUCAGAUCAUUUCCUGGUGUCCAGAAAGUAGAAUGCUAUGCAUAGCUGGAGUUUCAGCUCAUGUCAUCAUUUAUAGAUUUAGCAAACAGGAAGUGAUUACAGAAGUCAUUCCGAUGCUUGAAGUCCGAUUGUUGUAUGAGAUAAAUGAUGUGGACUCUCCAGAGGUUGAGCAGCCACCUCCUCUGUCAACACCUGUGGGAAGUUCCAAUUCUCAGCCCAUUCCUCCUCAGUCUCAUCCCUCUACUAGUAGCAGUUCAUCUGAUGGGCUUCGUGAUAAUGUACCUUGUUUAAAAGUCAAAAAUUCACCAUUGAAACAGUCUCCAGGUUAUCAGAUGGAACUAGUUAUUCAGUUGGUAUGGGUGGCUGGAGAACCACCACAACAAAUAACCAGCUUGGCAGUCAAUUCUUCCUAUGGACUAGUGGUUUUUGGUAAUUGUAAUGGCAUUGCUAUGGUUGACUACCUCCAGAAAACAGUGCUGCUCAACCUGGGCACUAUUGAGUUGUAUGGCUCUAAUGAUCCUUAUCGGAGAGAACCUCGGUCUCCUCGCAAAUCUCGACAACCUUCAGGAGCAGGUCUGUGUGAUAUUAGUGAAGGGACAGCAGUCCCAGAAGAUCGCUGCAAAUCUCCAACUUCCGGUUCUUCAUCACCACACAAUUCAGAUGAUGAACAAAAAAUGAAUAAUUUUAUAGAAAAGGUGAAGACCAAAAGCAGAAAGUUUUCCAAGAUGGUAGCCAGUGAUAUAGCAAAGAUGUCAAGGAAGUUAAGUUUGCCCACUGAUCUAAAGCCUGAUUUAGAUGUAAAAGAUAAUUCCUUCAGCCGAUCACGGAGUUCAAGUGUAACCAGCAUCGACAAAGAAUCCCGAGAAGCUAUCUCUGCUCUUCAUUUCUGUGAAACUUUUACUCGAAAGGCGGACUCUUCCCCUUCCCCAUGUCUCUGGGUUGGAACAACACUGGGAACAGUGCUGGUCAUUGCACUGAACCUUCCCCCAGGAGGAGAACAAAGACUUCUUCAGCCCGUGAUUGUGUCUCCAAGUGGUACUAUACUGAGGCUAAAAGGGGCGAUUUUGAGAAUGGCAUUUCUGGAUACCACUGGCUGCUUAAUACCACCUGCAUAUGAACCCUGGAAAGAACACAAUGUUCCUGAAGAAAAAGAUGAAAAGGAGAAAUUGAAAAAAAGGCGGCCUGUCUCAGUAUCACCCUCUUCCUCUCAGGAAAUUAGUGAAAACCAGUAUGCAGUGAUUUGCUCUGAAAAGCAAGCAAAAGUAAUCUCACUGCCAACCCAGAACUGUGCUUACAAGCAAAACAUAACAGAAACCUCAUUUGUGCUUCGUGGAGAUAUUGUAGCAUUGAGUAACAGUAUCUGCCUGGCAUGUUUCUGUGCCAAUGGACAUAUUAUGGCUUUUAGUUUGCCAAGCUUAAGGCCACUGUUGGAUGUGUAUUACUUGCCCCUUACCAAUAUGCGGAUAGCCAGAACAUUCUGCUUCACCAACAAUGGACAAGCAUUAUAUCUUGUUUCACCUACAGAAAUUCAGAGACUGACUUAUAGUCAAGAGACCUGUGAAAAUCUUCAGGAAAUGUUGGGGGAACUCUUCACUCCUGUAGAAACUCCUGAAGCACCAAACAGGGGAUUCUUUAAAGGCUUAUUUGGAGGUGGUGCACAAUCUCUUGAUAGAGAAGAACUAUUUGGAGAGUCGUCCUCAGGAAAGGCUUCCAGGAGUCUUGCCCAGCAUAUCCCUGGCCCUGGUGGAAUUGAAGGUGUGAAAGGAGCUGCUUCAGGAGUUGUUGGUGAAUUAGCACGAGCCAGGCUGGCACUAGAUGAGAGAGGGCAGAAACUUGGCGACUUAGAAGAAAGAACUGCAGCUAUGUUAUCAAGUGCAGAUUCGUUUUCUAAACAUGCUCAUGAGAUGAUGUUGAAAUACAAAGAUAAGAAGUGGUACCAGUUCUGACAACCAGAAUCCAAUAAGUCCAACUUCAGUGAGAAGGAAAAAGUUUUCCUUUUUUACUCCAUCAGUUUAUUUAGGAAAGUUCACAUUAAAGGGAUGUUCAUCACUGGAAACCGUUCUUUCCUAGCACCAUCAUGCACUGUUUUACCUCAGUCAUGUGGCUUUAAUGAGGGAUGUUCACACACUCAAACUGGUGUACAUGGUGUGUGCCAGAUAGGAGCUGACAGUUCAGAAACAAAGCAGGUCUAAAGUGACAGAAGAAGAAAUAAGGGGGAUAUUGAGGAGACAUGGCAGGGACUAUUCCUAGAUCAUUCCUGUAUUAAACUUUCGUAUGCCAAAAGAUGUUGUGCCAUUGGCAUCAGUGUUUGACCUGUUUGAGGGAGAGGCAGUAAGUCAGAAGUCCUGAAGCUGAAAUAGUUACCUUUGUGUCACUGGACUAUAUUAUAAACAGCUGUCUUGGACUUUCCCUCUCUUAAACUAACUGGCCAUCAGUAUCAUUAGUGAAAAAGAAGCAAAUUGUUUGUUAUCAUAUCUUUAGACAGAUAAGCUGAAUGGUGGGCUUUAAAUAAUAAAUACAUACACAUAGUUGACUUGUGUAUGGGCUACUCUUGGAUUCUCAUUAAUAUAUACUUGUGUUUAGUUCAUAUUUUGUCAAAAGCAAAACAAGGUGAUAAAUCACUUUUCAUUGAAAAGAAAAGUGUAGAGCAUGACUGAAUUGCUCAUCAUUCUGGAAGUUUCCAUGUAGUGGCUAUGCAGUGUGGAAAGUGAGAAAAACCUCCAUUGUGGUGAGGAGAAUAAUUCAAUGUCCCUUAUCCUUGUUCUCAUUAAUUCAGCUAACGGUGGAUUUGACCAAAAUAGUUAUUGGUUAAAUUUGUAGAAAUGUUGAACUUGGCUAAGUUUUUAAUUUUGCUUGACUUUUUAUAAAAUGUUUAACCAAAUGUACCCUUUGCAUUAUUUAAUUAAAAUUGCUUUAAAAAAUUGUUUCUUUAUUUUAGUGAAAUGCUCAGCUCCCUUUUUAAAAUGCCCUUUAUUUGCUAACACUUCCAAUACACUCAGGUGAUUAGCUAAUUAAAUCUUAGUGCACAUGCUAUUGCUUGGAAAAUUACAAGCAUCUAUUGUCAAUAACUAUAUAAGAGUCUAGUCUGAUGACCUACAAAUUAUUUUCUAUAGAAAUAUAAGUCAUCUGUACAUAUCCUUCCAAGGUUUCAAAAAGCCAAAAGGAAAGGAAAAUACGUACACUUUCGUAACUAAAUUAUUUCUUUACUGCAGUAUGAUGCAAAAUUGAGACCAGCAGUGGACAACGGUUAGUUCCUAGAAUAGAUUCUAGAUAGGAAAGAAACCACUUGGUAGAUCCCCAAGUAAGCAGUCUCAUAAUGCAAGCUAAUCUGAGAUGAUUGAUUGAUAAAGCUACAAAGAGAAAAAUAGAAAUAUUAAAAUUACUGUUAAUGAAAUUUAAAUACUCUCAUCCUUUAAAAAAUGUGUAAAAUCAUGUUCUUUCUUUUUUAAUUAAGCGAGAAUCAGAGCACAAAUUGAUAGGAAACAUGAAGGUGGUUUUUCUAUUCCAUACAAUCAUCAAAAAUAUAUGCAGAGCAUCUUCAGCUUUUUACGCAGUCUCUCAUGCAUCUCUUCCUCUUUACUCUUCAUUAAUAAACUUUGGUUCACAUUUUGUAAUGUGCACUAUUGGAUACAAAAGUUUACAUCAAAGCUUGCUUUAAACAUUGUUGGAAUGGGGCUCAAUAUAUUUGAUAGAGAUAAUUGAUCAAUCCCAAAUAAAUAUUUUUAAGAUACAAUCAUUUUCAAAAGUUGAAUUUAUAGAAAGUAUCAAUGAGUAACAUAUUUCUGUGUAGUUAAUGUCAGCUGUCUGUUGACUAUUUAGCAGUUUAUAAAUUGUUACAUGAUAUGUCACAGGAAGUAUUAGAUCCUUUUUUAAAGGUACAGUUUUGUGAAUGUCAUCAAUAAAAUCAACAGUUAUGGAUUUGAAGUGGAGAUGCAUUAAGUAAAUUAAUAUACUGGUUGAUUUCCUGUUCGGUAGAAUGCCAUAUUAGUUCCAAUUAUUUAAUUUUCUCUUGUUGUUUUACGUUAUUUGUAUAUUAACUUCAUUUUUACUGUCAUCUUUCCUGUUGUAUAUAAAUAGAACCAACCUUGUAAUUAUUUUCAAAUACAGAAGUGGAUACAUUUACCUGAGAUGGAUUUUAUAAGAAAGUCCUAAACCAAUAUUUUUCAUUCUUUCAUUUGUUCCAGAUUAAUUUGCAAAUUAUGCACAACAGGAUAGACAUUCAUGUAGAGUUAGAAAGCUUAAAGUAUUUUUGAAUAUAGGAAAUGAGCUUCUCAAAAUUGUACUUGACUGAGUCUAUAGAUAGGAGACAGUCUGCAGUAAGUAACUAACCCAGGGAAUUCAUUGUAUGUAAUUUGAGAGAUAACAUCUCCUAUUUUUUUUUCCUUUUUACAUGCAAAAAGUAAUAGUCACCAGCAAACCAAGAUUUCAGGAAAACUAGCCAAAAAACAUAAAAUGUCAAAAUAGAAAAUACCAGAAAAAUGGAAUAUUUUCAUGUUCUUUCUCUAUAUGCUCAGCAUUGUUUUGUGUCAUUUGUCUUUGACUCUAAAAAUCUCUGAAAUAGUCAUUGUUAGCAGUUUGUGAAUAGGAAGUGGUUUCCUUAUGUGUCCAGUUCAUUUCACUUUUCAAAACCUGAAAAAUCCAUAUGUAUGCUUGGAAAAUUAUUUGAAAAUUUAUAUUCUGACAAAUUCUGUGCAUUGCACCCAUUUUUAAGGUUUGCAUCAUCUUAAUACCUUUGGUUUGCAUUUCAGUUUUAUGUUGUUUCCUAAAAAUGAUUAUAGAUUCAACUGAGCUAUUGCUUCUUAAUUUGAUUUUUUAUGGAUAUGAAAAAUGCUGCUACUUGUCUGUUAUUACGUGUAAGUAUAUUGUAAUUCAAUUAAGGACAGUACUUUAAAGAAAGAAAUAUUUCUUUUAUUUAGAACUUCUUGAUUAGAGGUCCUUCUGAAGUUAAUUUGUAUAGAUACAUGAGUAUUUUAAACAAGUCUGAAAGUGUUACAUACUUCUAAAUUAUGGGGAGUACUGGGAGACAGCUAAGAGAGAGUGGAGAAUCCAGGAGACACUGCAGAGUUGAAGUUUUACCCUAAGUUCUGCAUUCUGUGUUCCAUAUGUUUUGCUUAAGGCAUUUCUCAUAGGACAUUAGAAUAAGCUGUAUCCAAAGGUAAAUUUUUUUGUGGCAAAUAUUUGUUUUACACUUUAACUUCUAGAAUUUUGUUUCUGCAAAAUAAAUAGCACUGACCUUUAAACUUGAAUUUUUUCUGCACUUUUUUAGAUAAUUAAACCUUUUUAUUAUCAUUUAAUCCAUAAUGCUCAGUUUAAAUCAAGUGAUACAUGUGAAUAAAGCAUACCAAAAUCAUGAAUAUGCUGCUAUCUACACCUUAAACUAAACUGAUCAGUUUAAAAACCUUUAGUAGGGUUUUAUAUAGUUUUCAAAGGUUAAAAAAUAGUAAAAUUGUUUGCUAUAUGUUUCAGUGUCCUUGAUCUUAAAUUAUUACAACACUUUCAGAUUUGUUUGAAGAUCAUACAGUAACAUGUUAUAUUUAUACAUACUGCUAGAAAUAUACUUUUAGUUUUAAAAUGAAAUUUUUAUAAAUGUACUCUUUAAUUUUAAAAAUGGUGAACUUGUUAAGUUUAAGUCAAAGUACUUAAAAAGUAUGUAUAUUAUCCAUACAAAAAGUUAUGUUUUAUGCUUAUAAUAAGAAAUAUUGGUAUCUCAUAUCGAGAUACAGUUAAUUUUAAAAAAUUACACAUCAUUUAAAAGUAUUCACACAUAACAUGAAAAGUACCAUUACCAUGGUUAUUAACAAAAAUAUUCCCUCUAUUGAGCAAUUUCAAAUACUAAUUUUAUUUGGGGGGAGAAUGCCCACAACAGUAAUUUCACAAUCUUUCUCAAUAACUACAAACUUGCUGUUGGAUGUCUACCUUCAUUAUUGUUUUAAAAUACAGAUAUAUAUAUAUAUAUAUAAUAUAUUUAAAAUAGUUUUCCAGGUAUUUUCUUCUACCUUUUUUAAAAAUAAAUUUCCAAAAAUGAAAACAGAGUUUAUGUAUUUUUGUCAAUGAAGGUUUUUAUUUUGUAGUUUAUAGAAUUUGUUCCUUAUCAGUUUGAUACUUGAUCAAUAUUCCUAGACUUUUUAAUCUGCAUUUAUUUGAGAAAGAACACUCCUAUAUCUUAAAUGUCCUUUUUUUUCUUUUUCAUUUUAGGGUAUUUAUUAUAUUGGAUUAAAAUUUAUGCCCACAGAUUUGAUUUUAUUAAUUUGAGUAUGAAUGUGAAGAUACUGUUUACAGCUUUUGUUAAUUGCACUUUUCAUCACUCUGAUCAAUUUCUUGUAAAGUGCUAUGGGGAUUACUUUUCCUGUGAAUAUUAAUGAUUUUACUACUGCCUCAGAUGUUUUAAAGAUUAUGUGGAAAGAAAACAGUUGUUGCAACUAAAAAAAUUAAAGAAAAAUGUUAGCAUAAUUUCUCAGCUGAAUUAAAUAAUUUUAAUAACUUCCCAGUUACCAGCAUUAUACCGUUGCUCUCUUCAGUCUUAAAUUAUGAGGCACAGUUCAUUUACGAAUUAAGUUCUAUGGUUCAGAGCUUAAUGUAAGUGCUCCCCUUAUUUUUCUCUUUACAUCAGAAAAAUCAAGAAUGUCAGUUUUGCCAGUAUUUUGCAAUGAGGCUCAUAGUUUAAAUUAAAAUUUAUAGUGUAUGAGAUGUAAAUAAAUCAGUAUUAAUUUAUUGUAGGUCAUUUGACUCAGGCAUUUAAUGGAUAUAGAUUAAUGGCAAUGGAAUCCUAUUUAUUUGAGAAUUGGAUUUUUUUUAUACUUUGGCUGUUUGUUUUGCGUUGUCUAAACUUUGCUUCAACUGAAGACAAUGUAAGAAAUUAAAAAUAAACUCAGCAUAUCAGUGGAAAGUGGUGCAAAGAAGAUAAGUCAUGUUUUAAUUUUCUUAUUUUUUGUGUGUGUAAAUAAAAACAGUACUGUGAUAGUUUAGGUGUGAAUUCUGCUCAACAUGGUAGUUAGAACCAAAAAACCAUUUUGCUUUCUAGUUAUACUACUGAUUCAUUGUGAAUGCAUUACCAAAAUACAGUAUAAAAAAAAAAAAAGAACAAGAGUUAGUUUUUCUAACAUUGUCCACUUCAGGGCAGGCAUGCUUGGUAAAUAGUUCUAGCUUGUGUAUACCUUAAACUGUACAUGCAGGUUUUUUUCAGUUGCUGCACUUUUUUUUUUUUAAUCUUGCUCAGUCCCAGUAACUAUCUCAAAGGUAAUUGCUGGAAUGUGCAUUUGAAAUAUGGUUUAAAACAAAAUCUCUGUGUACUGUUUCAUUAAAAAAAAAAAAAAAAAAACUA